UCGGCCUGAAAUUAGUAUGUCAUUGUCUAUGGUGUUUGAGAAGAUAUAAAAAACUUUGUAGAAUGGCAAUUCUGAACUGAUUCUGUCAAUGUCAUUCUUUUACCCCAUGAACCGUUGUUGUUAGUGGUGGUUUGACUAACCAAAAUUUGCAAAAAUGUCGCUGGUAAUUCCAGACAAGUUCCAACAUAUUCUUCGUAUUAUGAAUACGAACAUUGAUGGCAAACGCAAAGUGAUGUUUGCCAUGACUGCCAUCAAGGGUGUUGGACGCAGAUAUUCCAAUAUCGUGCUGAAGAAAGCCGAUAUUGAUCUCGACAAGCGUGCUGGAGAAUGCACCGAAGAAGAGGUUGAAAAAAUUGUGACAAUCAUGUCCAACCCCAGGCAAUACAAAAUCCCAGACUGGUUCCUCAACAGGCAGAAGGACAUUGUUGAUGGUAAAUACAGCCAGCUGACAUCUUCCAACUUGGACUCAAAGCUUCGUGAGGAUUUGGAAAGGCUGAAGAAGAUCCGUGCCCACAGAGGUAUGCGUCACUACUGGGGUCUGCGUGUGCGUGGUCAGCACACCAAGACUACUGGCAGGAGAGGAAGAACUGUUGGUGUGUCUAAGAAGAAGUAAUCUUAAAACCUUUUAAAAUAAAACCAUAAUUUCUGCA